UUGCACGAGUUGAGUGUGAGAUUGUGUUGCAACGUGUUAUAAAGUGCUUGAAUUGUGCCAGAACGCACUAGUACUGAGUAUCGCACCUCAAAUGUAUUACUGUUUUGAGUUUUGGCACCUCUUACAGAGUUUUGCUUUAAAAUAUUGUGGCGUUCUGCCAGUGGCACAUAAUUAUAAACAGUAGGGGCGCCCAAAAUAAGUACUGUCACCUAUUUCAGUCCACUUCAAGCACUGGUGUCAUAGAUAGAUACAGCAGGUUGAUGUUGCGUUUCAGUGAGAACGUUCAAGUUAAGAAAGUUACUCAAGUCUUUGUCAAUCCAAAGAGGAAGUGUCAACUGAAAUAUAAUUAUUUACAGUUGACAUCAAAGUAUGAUUUCGUUUGUAGUGUGAAUGUACGGGGAAUAAUGUUUAUAAUAAGGGAAACAAUCAAUCUAACCUAUUUAUAGCACUUUUUACAGACGUUUGUCUCAAUGUUCUUAACCGCAACCCGGGCCUUAACUCCAUAACCUAAAGAACAAAACAAGGUGAACGUGGCCUUCGGAGAAGCAGGUUAUUAUUACUGACCAUGUCAUUAGGACCAGUCAAGAUUACAACAAAAUGUUUGCUCAAUCUCCUGAAAAAGCAGUGUACUACGUAAACCUAGUGUUUGUUUUGUCACAUACGCUCCCCAGCGCGCUGGCUCCACAAAAGUGCUUCUGGCCUUUCGCCCUUCAAACAUGGACAGUUCUAUCUGGAAAGGAGUUAGAAAUCGGACAUUGCGAAAGUACAGAUAGUGUCGUGUCCAUGUGUCAGAGAGUUCAUGUUGUCUGACCAGAAGAAACUGAGAUUUGGGGAUAUAUUCUCUGUGUAUCGCUGAAUCGUUACAUAUUGCGGGAUAAACUUGUAAUGGUAAUUUCCGAUUGAGCCGACAUGCAGCGUGUACGGUGAAUACAGUCUCCGCUAAAGCGGGAACAUUUACCUUGAAUUUUCAAUCACGCUGUAAAACUGAACGUCCGCGAUACAGAUUAAAUAGAGUUUGUUGGGAGUGUGUGUCUGUGUGAGAGAGACUGGAGGUGGUCCAUUUAGUUGAUGCCUGGGGUGUAAUUAGGCUAUUAGGACACAUUCAUGUAGGUCCCUCCCCGUUACGUCGUUUGCAACGUUUCUGCAACAGAUCUGGUGAUGUCUUCGCUUCUGUUAUUUUAUUAAAACACAGAAGGUGGUCUGAUCUAUUUGAGUUAUGUAAAUCAACAGCUGCUCAUAACGGCAGUCCAGACUCAGUCCAGCGGAGAGGUAGUCUGGAGAGCUUGUACGGGAACAGAGACAACUUGUAUAACGUUUUUUUUCUGCGUUUCAAAUGAGUGUUAAUUGAUGUCUGAAAGGGAGCAGCUUUAUAAUCUAGUCUACUGAUACGGUGUGAUUGGAUUUACCGACACAAGAGAGAUGUCUCGUAUUAAAGAAGCGUAAAGAUGCCAUCGUGGAUCAGGCUGGCGGUUCUCCUGUCUGCGCUGACAGUCCACUGCUUUCUGGACGGGACCUGUCCACGGAGAGGUAGACCUCCACAAGGUGCUGGUUUGUCCCCAGGCAGCGUUCUGGUCUUGGCCAUAAAUGGUGAGGUGGAGGUGAACGGGCUGGAGGUGAUGGUUAACAGGGCCAAGCAAAGCACCACCGCUGGAAAUGGAAAAUACACCAGUGUCAUUACAAUGUGUUCUCCCACCACUGUCAGCACCACAACAAACACCACAUCUAACGGAACCACUGUCAGCACCACAACAAACACCACAUCUAACGGAACCACUGUCAGCACCACAACAGACACCACAUCUAACGGAACCACUGUCAGCACCACAACAGACACCACUGUCAACACCACUGUCAAAACCACAUCUAACGGAACCACUGUCAGCACCACAACAGACACCAAAUCUAACAGAACCACUGUCAGCACCACUGUCAGCACCACAACAGACACCAAAUCUAAUGGAACUACUGUCAGCACCACAACAAACACCACAUCUAAUGGAACUACAGUCAGCACCACAACAGACACCACAUCUAAUGGAACUACAGUCAGUGCUAUAAAAGACGGUAGUGAUAAUGGAACUACAGUCAGUGCUAUAAACAGUAGCGAUAAUGGAACUACAGUCAGUGCAAUAAAAGACGGUAGUGAUAAUGGAACUACAGUCAGUGCUAUAAAAGACGGUAGUGAUAAUGGAACUACAGUCAGUGCUAUAAAAGACGGUAGUGAUAAUGGAACUACAGUCAGUGCUAUAAAAGACAGUAGUGAUAAUGGAACUACAGUCAGUGCAAUAAAAGACGGUAGUGAUAAUGGAAGAGACACAUUUUCUACUGGAAAGGACACUAUUGUCCUUACCGUAACAGACACUCCUGUCACAGAUGAUACCGGGACAGACAGUAAGAAGAAAACCGUCAUCAGGAACACUCGUGCAGGAAACCACACUCUUACUGUGAGAGAAGUUAACAAAGGGAAUGUGGAAGAUGUAACAGAGGAGGAGCACAAAGGAGGAGGAGAGCAGAGGGAUACAGGGCGGAGUCUUUACACUGUCAAUCAACCAGGACAUACAGAUACACAGAAACUAUUUCCUCUUACUGGGACAUCGCUCCAACCAACCAGAGACAGCGGAGUGGGAGGGGCUGACACUGAGCUGCCCUCUAAUCGGUGGACUGAUGCGAUGGACAGUGAGGAUGACUAUGAGGAAGAGGAGGAGGGAGGGAGGAUGGUGAGGAGGCUGAGAGGGAGGUCUCAGUGGAGACUGAACGGGAGGCCGCUGAGAGGAGGAGAGGAAAGAGGAGGAGUAGUGGUGUUAGGGAGGAGAGGCGCCACUCUGACCCUGCCCUCCCUGGCGGUGGGUGACUCUGGGAACUACAGCUGCCACCGCGGGGGCAAACUGGUCUCCUCUCUGAGGGUGAGCGUGGCAGUUCCCCCAGAGAGGCCUAAGCUGUCCUGCUAUAAGAGGUCACCCAGCAGUAAGAUCCGCUGUGAUUGGACAGCCAGUCAACCGGUGACUCCUGUCCCUCAGUGCUACCUCCUCCUACGGAAAGGUCUAUCAGGGUCAUUCUCUCGUGUCAACUGUUCCUACUCCGCCCUGCUGUCUCGGUGUUGGUGUGCUAUAGGUCAUCAAGAGAAGGAGAGUAGAGAGCCACACCUGGCCUACCUGUGUGUCACCAACACUGCUGGCAACACCACCAGCCCUCUCCUAGACUUUACACCUCUGGACAUUAUUAAUCCAGACCCCCCCAGCUCAGUGGUGGUGAGGGGUGUGGAGGGGCAGGAGAGGAGACUGAGGGUGGGCUGGGCUGUUCCUCACUCCUGGAAAGAGAGAGACCGCUAUCACGAGCUGCUUUAUGAGCUCAGAUACCACACCAUGCCACACGGAACACAGAUAAAAGGGACCACCACAGCCCGGUUCUACACUAUAACAGAUGCGUUGCCAGGAGUACAGUACCUGAUCCAACUCAGAGCUAAGGAAGAGUUUGAUGGCCACUGGAGUGAAUGGAGCACGGCUGUCUACGCCAACACCUGGACAGCCCCUGUGCCAACUGCGUUCAGCGAUCUUUCUACUGUUAUGCAGGACUACACAGACGACACAGACUCUGGCUCUGGUAUGACAGAAGAGACAUCAGUCGCUGAGUCUAGGGGUGGUGUAGAGGUGUGGCCUCAUGUAUUGUGGGUGGUUGCUUCCUGUGUGCUGCUGUCAAUCACUCUGUUGUCCACCUACCUCUACAGACACAGGGAGAGGUUCAUGUCUAAACUGUGGAGGUUGAGUCCCGUCUCCUCCUCUCCUGCUUGCCCCUCCCCCCCAGUCGCAGCCCUGCCUACCCAGGAAGGACAUGCCCUCGUGAACUUUGACCACCCAAUCUACGGGGAACCUGUCCCACAGGAAGAAGAGAGGAAGGAGGAGGAUGAAGAGGAGGAAGAAGAGGAGAAGGGGGAAGUUAUUCGCUUUAACAACACAAGCUAUUUUCUGGUCCAGAGCAAAUGAUAUGCCUGCUCUUAAAACAAACCCCUUAACCUCUAUCCCAGGCCCUUACCGCUAGCCCCCUGUUCCCCUAGUCCAGGCUGGAGAAGCCCUGUUAUUUCACUGUUUGGAUGUGUGCAGUAUUUUGUUCUCAUUGGGGAAAAUGAGCCAGUAGAGUAAUGAUGUAAAUAUUACUUGUGUGUCUAUACAAAAAGUAUUGGGUUUUUGUAAAUCAUUUUGUCGGAAUUAAAUAAAUAGUUUUGAAUACAAA